AUGCCGAGUGCCGCAGGCGCAUCCCGCAUCCCGCGCCUCUCCCGGCGCCUGCGCGGGCGCCCUCGGGGCCGUGUCACCCCCCGCCACGGGCCUGGCCUGGGAGGAGGCAGCGCCUCGGGGAAGACCACGGUGGCCACGAUGAUCAUUGAGGCUCUCGACGUCCCGUGGGUGGUUCUGCUCUCCAUGGACUCCUUCUACAAGGUGCUGACCAAGCAGCAGCAAGAACAGGCAGCCAACAACGACUUCAACUUCGACCACCCCGACGCCUUCGACUUCGACCUCAUCAUCGCCACCCUGAAGAAGCUGAAGCAGGGCAAGAGUGUGAAGAUCCCCAUCUACGACUUCACCACCCACAGCCGGAAGAAGGAAUGGAAAACCUUAUAUGGAGCCAAUGUGAUUAUUUUUGAAGGCAUCAUGGCAUUCGCAGACAAGGAGCUCCUGAAGCUCCUUGACCUGAAAAUAUUUGUGGACACGGAUUCGGACAUCCGCUUGGUGCGUCGCCUGCGCAGGGACAUCAGCGAGCGUGGCCGUGACAUCGAGGGGGUCAUCAAGCAGUACAACAAGUUUGUCAAACCUGCCUUCGACCAGUACAUCCAGCCCACCAUGCGGCUGGCCGACAUCGUCGUGCCCCGAGGGAGUGGAAACCGGGUGGCCAUCGAGCUCAUUGUGCAGCACAUCCACAGCCAGCUGGAGGAGCGUGAACUCAGUGUCAGGGCAGCGCUGGCCUCUGCCCACCAGUGCCACCCACUGCCGCAGACGCUGAGCGUGCUGAAGAGCACCCCUCAGGUGAGGGGCAUGCACACCAUCAUCAGAAACAAGGAGACCAGCAGGGACGAGUUCAUUUUCUACUCCAAGCGGCUGAUGCGGCUGCUGAUUGAGCACGCGCUCUCGUUCCUCCCGUUCCAGAGUUGCACAGUCCAGACUCCUCAGGGACAGGACUACGAAGGCAGGACGUACAGUGGGAAGCAAAUCACCGGCGUGUCCAUCCUGCGCGCGGGCGAGACCAUGGAGCCGGCGCUGCGCGCGGUGUGCAAGGACGUCCGCAUCGGGACCAUCCUCAUCCAGACCAACUGCAACACGGGCGAGCCGGAGCUCCACUACCUGCGGCUGCCGAAGGACAUCAGCGAGGACCACGUCAUCCUCAUGGACUGCACCGUGUCCACGGGCGCCGCGGCCAUGAUGGCCGUGCGGGUGCUGCUGGAUCACGACGUCCCAGAAGACAAGAUCUUCCUCCUCUCCCUGCUCAUGGCAGAGAUGGGCGUCCACUCCGUCGCCUACGCUUUUCCCCGAGUGAAGAUCAUCACUACCGCUGUGGACAAGAAAGUGAAUGACCUUUUCCGGAUAAUCCCCGGCAUUGGGAACUUCGGUGACCGGUAUUUCGGGACGGACGCUCCUCCCGACUGGAGCGACGACGAAGACGCUCUUAGCACUUAGCUGGACGUGGAGACGCCAGGAGAGAGGCAGCUUCAGCACCGCACCUUACCCCUUUCCUCUCCAUUGCAGAGAUUUCGCCCUCCUCACCAAGCAUAGAUAUUUUUUUCAAAUCUUACAUUGCAGAUCUAGGUCAUAUUUUUUCAAAGAAACACAAAUCCUAGUUUGACCUUGUGGACAGCCACUUACGUGUCCCAGGGCAGAGUGGAGUUAAUUUAUUUUAAUUUAAAUUUUUGCCUAUAUAACUUAUUGGAGAUAUUUUAUAAAGAAAACAAUAAUAAAAAUUUUCUCUGGUUUUCUUGAA